UGGAAUGGAAGCUAGUUAUUUAAAUUUAUAGUUCAGUUGGCACGAAUGCAGCACGCGUUUUGAAUAAUGAAUACAUUGGGAGUCUGCAAAGAGAAUGGAAUUACAAUAAUGACUGGUCUGGAGAUCAGGUGUGCUUGGAUUUGUUAUAAUGUCAACCGGCUCGGGCGCAGCCGGCGGGCAGCGCACGCGCAGCUGCCCUCAGCCCUCCCAGCCACCACGCGUCAAGCGCCCUCCGAAUAAACAGGACCUCUUUUGUGUAGAAUUAAUUUUAUACUUUUUAAUGUUUGGUUGAGUUCUUGUUAAUAAUAAAGGUGGCGGACAUAAUUUAGUUAUGUACCCUGAAUGAGUAUGGACCAAGGGUUCUAAGAGGGGCACGGCUGGGGCCUGAGAGGCGCGGGGAGUACCGGAGCCACGUUCCGACACACCGCGGACUCCGCACUCGACACUUGUCUGUUGGCCGCUACGCUAGCGGCUGUGCGGUCGCUGACGUCUUGCCAACUACGUAACACGAAAUAGUGCGCGAAACUAACAAUAAAUUCUUUGGAGACUUUGAACUUUGGUGCAUCAGUGUCUUUGGUGCUUUGGAAAUUUGAACAGUGGACUAAGUGAAGUGAACACAAUGGAUUUGUCUUGCGGAGAGAACUUGCAAAACUCGGGGAACAGCAGCAAUGGGAGAUCUGUGGACAUGUGCGUCGCAGGGCCAGACCGCGCCUUGGACCGCGACCCUCGUCUCCUGCACAACCUGCUCACCCUGGAGCGAGCUCACGCCCUGCACACAGACUACUUUGAACACGUGCAGAUUGACAUUCAGCCUUUCAUGCGCAAAAUUGUCACUACUUGGAUGUUGGAGGUUUGUGAAGAACAGCAGUGUGAGGAGCAGGUAUUCCCCCUGGCCGUGAGCUAUAUGGACCGCUUUCUGGCCCAGCGCGCCAUCUCCCGGCAGCAGCUGCAGCUGUUGGGAGUGACGGCCAUGCUGCUCGCCUCCAAAUUCCGACAGUGCCACCCGCUCUCUGUCGAUCUACUCUGCGCAUACACCGACAAUUCUGUCUUGCCUGAUGAAGUUCGGCAAUGGGAAGUGAUGCUCCUCCAACGGCUGAACUGGCAACUGUCGAUAGCAACAGCGUUCGACUUCGUGGAGCCAUUCCUUGCGCGCGUGCCUUGGGGUAGGACCAACCCUCUCGUCAGAACACACGCACUCACACUCAUCUCUGUUUGCUAUACCGAGACAGAGUUCCUGCUAGUGCCGCCGUCGUUGAUAGCGGUGGCGUGUAUAACGGCGGCAGCGCGGGGGCUGCGAGUGAGGAUGUCGGUGGGCGAGCUGUGCGCCCUGACGCGGGCGCCGGCCGCGGCCGCCGAGCUGGUGGCGCGCCACGUGGAGCGCGUGCUGGCGCGCGCCACGCAGCCGCCCGAGCCCCGCGCCAGGCCGGCGCCGCCCGCCAAGGCGCCCGCCACCGACACCACACAACUACAAGUAACCCCCACCGAUGUCCAGGACAUACACUUCUGAUUGCUGAUCCACAAUCCCCCAGAGCGAACAGCUAUAAAGCUGGAGAUAACCUGAAGGAAACGUACUACAACGUACUACAAACGUGUGAAUGAAGAUCUUAUUCGUGUUAAUUUAGUCACCGAGGUUGAAGUUCCACUUCUUGUAGUUCGAUGCUUCUCUUUUCCAAUAGAGUAUUUUGUUUUCGUCGUCACUUAGGUUUUAAAAGCGUUACAUUUGGUUUUACGAUGAAACAUCUUGUUUGGACUACUGUCACACGAGCAAUCUCCAUAAUUAUUAAAUAGACAUCUUACGGACGUCAUCGUUGGACUUUUUAAAUGUAUUGGACAGCAUUAUCGAUAUUGAUCAAUAGCAUUGUGUAUGCGGCAGCCUCGAUAAAUGUCAAAACGAGAUUCGGACAUUACCGUUCGUUUGCCGCCUACACUAUAAAUCGCUUGUGUGCGAAAAGUCAGAAGGUUUUUCUCCAACGGGCAAGGAACUUUUAUCUCUGAGGGAUUUCAAAAACAUCAUAAGUUAUUUCUGAUAGAUCCGCUAUGGUGCAGCACAGUGGCGUUACCUUGUGGCUGGAAGCCUCAACCUAAAGCAUAAGCAUGGGGCCGUUAAAAUACCUUUCCAGGGGAUAUAAUUGUUAAAUAAUAAUUCGUAUGAAAACUUACUUGUUCGAUAACUCGUGUACCCUUGCUGUCUGAGGUCCCCUACAACAGUUCUGUUUCGUCACUGGACAAAGAAUAUUACUUAUAUAUAUGUAAUAUGUCUCGUGACAAAAUGAUGCAAAUUGAAUAAAUAUGAAGUCAAUAGAUCUCAUCGGUAUUGAUGGAAAUGUUAUGAACGGAAAUCUAUGAGAUUCAUUGUUACAGCAGAUUUUUUUUGCUGCACACCUGGGAGUACAAGAAAGAUUUGGAUGAAAAAGUUUAAACUUUAUUUUUUGUAGAACGCCUUUGUCAAUACUUGCUUGGCUAAAUAAUGUAGGAGAAUUUGUCCAUUGAUCUCAAAUUAUUUAUGUGAAAUAGUGCUCUAGAAUUUAGAUUUACGUUAUUUUAUGAUGUGUGGUGUUGUUGCUUCGUAUCAGUGUGGCGUACAGCAAUACUUACCUAAGGUUCUGAGUUAUUCUUAUAGUUAUGAUCUCCGUUGAUUCCAAAAACAUUAUUUAAUAAGACUGAUUCAAACUAAAACACAUUAAAAUGACACAGUAAGUCACCAAAGGGGCUAUUUCUUUGAAGUUCAAUAAUUCCUUAGUAAGUACUUAGCAAAAAUAAUACUUAGCACAGUUAAUAGUUUUGAAAAUUUGACACUUUUGCUUGAUAGUAAGCAGUUUCAUACAACUUUUGGUUUGGUACCUUUACGAUAUUUUAAAUGUUGUGAAUAGAGAUAUUUUUGAGUACGUUUUGUGUGUCAUCGUAAUUAUUUAUUUAUAGGAUCUCAUGAUUUAGGAAAUUCACAAUGCAUUGCCUGUACAAACAGUGUGUUUAGAUGUAACUGAUUUCGAGUGGAAAUGUUAAAGUAUGUAAUAUUUAUUUAGGUCGAUGUUAAGUUUUAUUAAAUUCUAGUCACAUGUUUACACAUUCCUGUUUUCGACCAAACUUUAUGUUAAGAAUUAUUAUUUAUAAGAUGUUCUUAAGUAAACGUAAGUUAGUGUAGUUGGUGAUUUAUACUCGUUUGGAUGUAGUCGCGGUUAUGGCGGUCAUCUACUGGGGAUAAUGUACAGGGAAUCUAAAGUAGGCGAACAAAAAAGGUUCACUUGUAAUUACGUUCUAAGCAAACGUGUUGUGUGUGCGGUGGAAGUAAGGGAAGAAUUGUAAUGGGAGAUACGAAUGUUGGGUAAGCGUAUCGUACCCGUGGCACGCGUUAUGCGAUGUUAAUUAAACUAAUUAGUACAUUCACGGGCGAGCUUUCAAGCUUCCAUUAAUUCUCCCGCGACGCACAACUUUCACAUCAUGCUUUUGUACCGUGAGGGUCUUAUAAUGCUCAUAUUUAUAUAGUUUUAACAAUAAGAAACUCGUAAUGUUUUGUGAAGAGCUGUUGGUAAAAGAAAAAAAACAAUUCUUACUGUUUUACAGUUGUGUUCGCUUGUUGUGUUUGCUAAAUAAUUCAAGGCCUUAUUUUUAGAUUUGUAAUAAUCAGUUUCAGUUUUCACAAAAAUCUUUUACCGAUAGGCCUUAUUUAUUAAGAACUACAGUUUAAAUUAUUUCCGUUUUAUAAUUUGUUAUGUUAAAUCAAUUCAUUAAAGAUCAGUAAAAUAUCUUAGUAAAUUGUUUAUAUUGUACCUACAAGUUUAUACCUAGUUGGUAACACUGUAAUUAUAAAGUCUAACGUUUAAUUCACUCUAGUAGGUAUGAUGUACAGUUUUAUAAGUAUAUUGUAAAAUUUAUAAAAAGAAAUAAAAAAUACAAAA